AUGCCGGAGAGUGAGCUUCAGCAUGUUCUGCAGGAGAAAGCACGUCUGAAUCUCCGCUUGUUCACCGAUACCCAGAAGGCAGCAAAGUAUGAGCAGGUGAAAAGUGAGUAUGAACAGCUGCAGGAGGCUCUGUACACUGUGACAGUGGAGAGAGAUUGUGCUCUGUUGGAGAGGACUGAGCUCCAAGGCAAACUGGAGAACCUAGAGCAGGUGCUGAAGCAUAUGCGAGAGGCUGCAGAGAGGAGGCAGCAGCUAGAAUUAGAGCAUGAACAAGCCUUGGCUGUCCUCAGUGCCAAGCAGCAGGAGAUUGACCUUCUGCAGAAG